AGGCGGAGAUAUGCAUCGACAUCGCCAGUCCGUAGCCUCUAGUCUGAGUGAUGACAGCGACAUUGCCGAAAUACGACAGGCGCAGAAGUCCAAGCGAAGUUCGCUCUACGGGCCUCUCCGAGUAGCCAGGCUAUGUGUACUGAGUAUCAUAGUACCUGGCCUACUGCUCAGCAUACCACUGUAUAUGAGGUACAAUGUGUACAUACAACAAGCCUACCCUGUGGGUAUGAGUGAUGUGAGACUAUUGGAUAACAGGAUCUCUACUUUGUGGUGUCAGCGUCAAGUGGUGUGGUCAAAUGCAACGUUUAACGCCUACCUCAUGUCAGAACAGCCAGAGAUGAGGCCGGACACUGUGAAAGUUGCGAUGACUCGACAUCUAGUGUUGGAAGAUGACAUGAAGGAGUAUUGGGGAUUCUACCUGCUAAAGGGCUCCACAGUCACGGUGUCUACUUGUGUGAGAUGGCCGGGAGCCAGCCUCAUCAUGAUCCGUGGUCACAAACACCUCAAACAAUGUGCCUAUAUCGGUGACGACUCAUCCGAGGAACUAGACGAGCUGUUUGAAGGCGACGGAAACAACUCUGUGUCAGCUGACUACGACAUCUCAAACAAACCAACCAGCAUGAAGAAAGUGAGUGACGGAAUCUUCAUUGAUCAGAAGACUGAAGAACACAUUGACAUCUCAUCCCAAUCACAUCAUCAUAGACCACCUCACUCGGCAGUAGUGGAGGAGGCGCUGAAGAAUAAUUGGAAAGUGGACAACAAGAAAGAUCAGAAUGUACACUUGGUCUACGCAGAACAGCUUAUCAACCCGAAGAAAACAAAAGACAAAGAGGAAUACAAGAUCAACCCGAAUGUGGUCAACAUUCCUGCAACUACGACAGAAAAAUCAAAAACCUCGGGAGAAGUAUACAACGAAAUGCUGGAGCAGCUUAAGAAAAUGGGUCCGAAAGGUAAGGUGAUGCUGGACCAACUGAAGAAGAAACUGAGCGAGGAGGUAAAAACUAAUGUGACUAAGAUUAAUGCUACGGAGGAAACUUCUGAGAAGCCUUUAGAGAAGGAAACCAUGCUGGAUAAGUUGACAAAAAUCAAUCCAGCGAGUAAUAAGAAUGAUCUGAAGAACAAAAAGCGAAGGAGAAGAGAAAUCCCAACGCCCUCCAAAACGGUUUCACAAUUGCAAAGACACGAUGAAGCUGCUGACCAUGCAGGAGAAGAAGGGGUAGAGCAUCAGCCCGAUGGCGUGGCGGAAAUCCGAGGUCACUUUAACCAGUCAACUCCUAACGACACGUCCAAGAGCGAGUACUGGUCCUCAUUCUCGUCAAGUGAGGAGAAACUUCUCGAGUGUGAGGGGCUCCUGCUCAACCUCCCCCUCACUCCUCACCCUGUGUGUGAAGCUCACAGACCUGAGAAUGUUCUCGCGAGGGCUGCCAGUAUCAACACAGUUUCGUACAAAGUUCCAAGCAACGGAUAUUACUUCUUUGUCUUCAACAGCGAGAACGAGGUUCAGCCGAACUUUCUGAGCAUACAUUUCCGUCUAGAGAAGACCACUUACAAUGUGUCCAACGCAGUUGCUUCCUGCCGCAACCAGACUGGGUCAUGUUCCUUGCCUCUUAGGUUCUGGUCCAAGGAUAAGGUCAUCUUGGAACUCCCAGUUAAAUCUAAUGACACCCUGUGGAAUGAAGAGUUCCUUGCAGUAUCUACCUGUGAGCCUAGGACCGCUCUCUACGUAGUCUGCGUCCUUGCUGUACCUCUACUCAUCAUCCUGUUUGCUUUUCAGUAAACACUUGUUUUAGUGAUAGGUUGAGUCGACUUUGAGUGUUCCAAAUAGUUUUAUCCCUCCACCUCUGAUUGGUCCUGAUCUGACUUAGAUUUUUUUAGUUCAAAUUGAAAACAAUAUGUUGCUACAAUAGUGUUACCUGUCUUGGACUUCGGUGCAAAGGUGGUUAAAUUUUGGCUAUCCAUAAAAAAGUAUCAGUUUGGACAAAUUUCCCUUAAAAGCAUUUGGGAUUCUUGGAUAAAAAGUUCUACUGGCAUAAAAGGCCAAGCGAGUCAAGACUUGUUUUAGGGAGUAAAGAUAAACUGUAGUCUAUCCUGCUGUGAUAUUGAUUGAGUUUAAUCUUUUACUUGCCUACGAAAAUGAGUUUUUUUUUU